AUGUAUGGUGUUGUUCAAUUCCGGAAUGACCGUUCAUCUCUUACUGGCCCAUUCCGUCAUAUUUUAUUAAAAACUACUACUACGAUCAUCACUGCUAACACCAAUACCGUUCAUUCCUCUCCAUUCUUCCAUCACCGAUGCAGCAAUAAUUUUGCAGUAAAACAACAACAAGGGUUUCAAGUUGCGAAUUUUCAUCAUCAUGGAUGUUUUGUUUGUGAGUUGAAUUCAUCAUCCAAAAUUUUGUUAGGAAGCAAUACAACAACGAAGCCUCUCAAAUUUAAAGCCUCAUCGGCAGACCCAAACUCCAAGAAUGCCGAGGCUGGUGGAGGCUCCGAAAACAAGAAGAAGACUAAUAAUCGUUUGCUUUUCAAUUUGACUCUCGGAUUUUCAUUGGCAAUGAUUGCACUGAUGCAAUACAUCAAAUAUCAUGAAGCGAUUGAUCCUGAUGCGAAUAAUGAUAAUUGGAAGCUUUUAACAUGUUCUUCUGAGGUUCAACAAUCGGAUGUUUCAACAGUUAAAUAUUCACUCUACACCACAAGAUAUCACUUUACGAUGCAUGAAUUUGUGGCCAUGUCUUCAAACUCAUACAUUACAAAAGUUGAGGACACAGAACGAGGUGAGAAUUUAAUCGUACUCUAUAAUCCAACCAAGCUUACGCAACAAACAAAGCAACAUAUUGAGAGCCUGUUCUCUACAAGUCUUAGAAAUACGUUUUUGAUCGUUCUUCCAAAUACUGAACACACUCUCUUCUUUGGUGAUUACUAUCAUGAUUAUUGUUACAAAGCAGAUGCUUUGAAUCAGAAAAAUACUCGAGUUUUAUUUCUGUGCCAAAAGGAUGCUAAGGACAUGUUUAUUGAGCUGGCGAGGAAGAAUAUUGUUUCAAGAAAAGAAACCUCAGUGACAACAGUUGUUAAUAUUGACCCUGAGUUGUUUAUGGAGUUUGGAAGAUUUUCUGCCGUCUCAAAGAAGGAGCAAGCAAGAGACAAGAGAAAAAAUAUUGUGGAUCUGGUUGCUAAACAUUUUACAAUUAUUCGGAUGAAAGGUAUUGACACAAGAGUUGAGGAAAGUUUGCUUUAUCACAAAGCUUCAAAGUUUCUAUGUGCUUGUGACCUAAUUAUGAACUUAGAAAUUCACACUCCUCAGAAUCCCAUUGUCAAACUUAAACAUGAACAAUUUGAGCCAUAUGUCUUGAAAUACUCUCGACAUUACCAGUUUGCUAAGGAAAUGGAUGCUCCCUAUAUCGACCAGAAUAUGUUACUUGAUAUUCCAACAAUUAGAGAGUGCCUCAAUCAGGCUGUCACUUUGCCAUGGAAUGGAGUAGGAAUGGCUCAUGGUUCAACCAUAAUGAUUGAGGACACACCUGAAGGAAGAAAGAGAGAAGAGGAAUUAAAACAAAAGUGGCUCUCUUCUUGGGAAUUAAAAUUCAGCGCUUCAAGUGAUCAGUAA